AUGAUGUUGAAGGGUCUGUUUCUAGCACUGUUGCUAGUGUCUUUUCUGCACGUUGGGCAUUGUAGUAGUCCCAUUACAGAUACACUUACCCCUGAUACUGGUGAUACAGAAGAUGGUCCGGAAACAGCAGAGACCGAGUCGGAAGAAUCAUGUGGCACGGUCUCAUCUCGGUGGGCAGAGCCAAACAUCAUGCAAGUCUCCAAAAUGUGGAAUUUCAAUGCAACAGCUCAAGAGCUGCUAAGGAAUCUUGGAGAGUCCCUUGCAGAUGUGGAUCAUUGGAAAAAUGAUCCAUAUGAAGUCGUCCGAUACCUACACAAGUGGGACAUGGAUCCAUCAGAUGCAGAAAAGCACUUUCGAGGAAUGGUAGAAUGGAGACUUCAAAAUGAUGUUGAUACCUUCAUGGAACGAUAUCGAGAGCCACCAGCCGUAUUUCAUUAUUUUCCUCUCUUCAUGCUGGAAGGAUUUGACAAGGAAGGGGAUCCAAUU